GGAUCUGAGUGCUGCUGUUUGACGCUAUAAAAAGAUGAGACCAUGGGAAGCAACAGCAGCAGCCGAGCAUUGACAAGCUGGACGGACAGACCCAGUGAGACAGACACCAAGCUUAACUAUCCGAGCAGCAGAGUGUGGGAGCCCGAGCUCGCAGUCAGGAUGUGUAAAGGACUUGCCGGAGUCACCUCCUUCCCCGCAACCUGCUUAAAAAGCGCCAAGGACAUAAAACAUCGACUUGGAUUUCUUUUACAAAAAACAGAUGGGUGUGAAAAUACCCCUUACCUGAAGAAGGACAAACCUGGUUGUCAGAGGCUAAGUCAAGAUACAGUGAAGAAAUGGGGAGAAUCUUUGGAGAACCUGAUCAGAAAUGAGAGUGGUCUAGCAGUUUUCAGGUCCUUCCUUCAGUCUGAAUACAGUGAAGAAAAUUUGGAUUUCUGGUUGGCCUGUGAGAAUUAUAAAAAGGUGAAGUCCCCAGCGAAGCUGGCCCUUAAAGCCCAGAAGAUCUAUGAAGAUUUCAUUUCAGUGGAAGCAACACGAGAGGUGAAUCUGGACUCUACUACACGGGAAGAAACAACUAAGAACCUGCUACAUCCCACACACUCCAGCUUUGACGAGGCGCAGCACAAGAUUGUCAUCUUGAUGGAAAAAGAUUCAUACCGACGCUUUCUCAAGUCACAUUUCUACCUGGACCUUGUGAGCAUGACAAGCAGUGGUGAUAGCGCCAAGAAGAUGAAAGCUCUGAGCACAGAUAAUAACCCUUUCAUCCCGCAGUGCGCCUGAUAACUUAACCACAUACUGUGCGAGAACUAGAUAUGCUAUGUGACCAUAUAUAUUGUACGAAGGCUCAGAUCACGUCCUGAGCUUGUUCCUAUUAUUUAUUACACUUGUGUGUCUUGCAUGCAUUUCUUUUCUAAUGGGGCAAGCUGGAAGUAUCAGUCAGACACGUGCAAUGUUGUACAGACUAGUAACAAGGAGGUUUAGUGACACACCCCAUGCAUUACUCAGUCGAUGGAAGAUCCCUUUACUUUGAAGGAUCUGUUUGAAUUACUGUUUGUUGAUAUGAUGUUAUUGUAUUACGCUAUUCACCUAAUUAUCAGGUCAACAAAUUCCCCCAACCAUAUGUUCGAUUAGUUGCGUAUGAGCCUCCUUUGGACUGAGAAGAUGUCAACUAAAUGACAUUAGAGAAACAAAUCUGUAAUACAACGAGGCUUUUCACAGCACGUUGAAUAAUGGUUGUUGUGGAAUAUCACUAAGGCAACAUGUUUAAUGGGCAAGGAUAGACUACUGACUAAAGUGGCUACUACUGCUUCACUGUUAGCAAUUAACAUGAUGUGUUAAUUAUAUUGGCAAUGUUAUUUAUGAUUGCUACUGUGUUUUAUUUGAAUUUAGUGAAUAAUCUAUUGAGUAGGUUUUCUACUUUUUUUUUUUCAAAAGACAAACACAGAUGUUAUCAAGGACUCUCGUUGAUCAAAUUUUUAUUUUAUGAACAAUGUAGAGAUCUGUUAAUGGAACAGAUAACCAAGUAUAUUUUGUGAGAUAUAAUGUACUGCUUAAUGUAGGAAAGAUUAAGCAAGCCUUUUAAUUUAUAGAGUGACACACAUGAAGGGCCUGAUUUACAUUUCUGGCACCCCUAGUGAUGCCCCAACAUGUGAAAAAAAACAACAACUUUCAAAUAAAGUUUGUAGAAUCACAGGGAUCAAGCGGACAGGACAUCGGUGGGGUUUAGUCUCAAUAGGUAGGACUUGUUUAACACUAGGUGGGGGUGUUAUUAAGCACUGCCCAUCUUACCUUCUGCAUUUGCCCUGAAAAUCAUGGCACCCUAGGCAUGCCUAGUGAAAAAUCUGGCCCUGCUAUCGUGGCGCUGUCUGGGUACAUUGUAACUUGUGCAUGUUUGUGGUAAGGAAACAAAUGUCUUUGAAACGAAAUAAAAAAAUCUUAUGAAUAA